GUACGCCCCUUUAGGCCCUUUAUUUGCUAUUAUUAUUUUGGACCGCAACAAGUGGUUCUGUUCACUCUCAACAUUUGCAGUUUUAUGCUUUCAUUUUAAAAUAAGGUGAAACAUUUUUUAUCAUCCGCAUAUAAUAUGCCCUUGAACUCUAAUCUCGUUGGAAAGUUGUUUGACUCUAUGGAGCUGAAAGAGAAGGUCAGCGCGAAGACGCCCAAUACAUCUGGGGACGAAAAGCUUGAAUGGGUUACUAGAAACGUGACUAAAGUCUAUACCUUGAGGCAAAAAGUUACAUCGAGCUUUGUCAAUGGACAGUGGCUGUGCCCGGAGCCCUUAAAAAAAAGCCCAUGGAUUCAUCAAGAAGCCUCGUUUGCCGAUAAGCCCUACUGGCACAACUACGAAUCCCUGGGCCAGUGGUCAGGCUUGCCUUCUGAGAUCAGAAAGCAACACCUCAGAGAUGUUGCUGAGCUUUUUUCCAAGAGAGGUUCGGAAUUGGUUGAAUUUGAGGAAGCCUUGUAUGCUGCACCAGCCGAGACUCUUUUGAAAGAAGUUUUGCCCUUUUUAGUCGAGUACUGGCAGUACUACAGUGGUUGGGCUGCUUUAGAGGACCCUCAAAACAGGCAGUACUAUGCAUCAGGGAGUGUUGUGAUUGAUGUCCGCCAAUCCAAAUUCCCCCUUCUCGAAGCCAGCUUUGCAGCAGCACCUGCUUUGGCUGCUGGUUGCGUGAUCACUGUAUUGGGUCACAGGAGACUGGAGUCGCUUCUCUAUCUGGCUUCUUUGGCAAAGUUGCCAGCAGGUGUAUUUAAUGUGGUUGUAACUAAUGGGCCAUCAAACCCACCUGAAGCAGUUAUUGGUCGUCCCGUGGCUGUUUUUGGGCCCAUCAAAACUACCAAAGAGAGCGAUGAACUUUUCAACUCAGAGUCCACUUUCUAUUUACGAGGUCGUUCGAAUAUGCUCAUAAUGAGCCAUGCAGACUUUGAAGGUGCAGCCAGGGCCCUCCUUCAUGAAACCACUAAAAGAGCAAAUUUUAGCUUCUGGCCAGUGAGUGAGGUGCUUGUCCAAGAGCACUUGUACCAACCGUUUGUUUCUUACUUUCAAAAAUUGUUCCCAACCGAGCCAAUCAACUCAAAAUCUUGGUCCGACUCUGCAAUCAACAAAGUGCGCAAAUUUGCGAAUGAUGAAGGACUGAAGCUACUGGAAAGCUCGGAAGCUGUGAUCCUAAUUGGCGGUCGAUUUGAAGAACCGAUGUUAUCAGAGUUUGUUGAAGAUGGACCUUAUGUUGUUGGUCUGCUGCCAGUGAGGUCACUGAAUGAGGCAGUAACUAUUGUUAACAGUCGGCCAAGGAUUUUGAGUGCUAGUGUAUGGACCCAAGAUGGACCUCUUGCAUCACAAGCAGCUAGUGGAAUCAAGGCUCCGAUUGUUUGGAUCAACCAACAUGGUAAAUUGCCCAGUCCAUCAAGUGGAAUCGGAUCAACAAUUUACUCUGGAUUUGGACAGUGGGGUGGAAAGAACGGUUUACUGAAUUUCAAACAGUGGAGGCCGACUGUUUGUGACAAAGGGGCCCACCGAUUUGAGUCAAAAUGGUCCGAAAACGCAGAUUCUUCUUUGAGACGAUUAGACAUGUUUGUCAACGGGAAAAUUCUUCAGGCAGCUUCCGCAAAGGUGCUCAUUGGCCGCAAUGAGAAGCCCUUUGCAACAGUUGGUUUGCCUAACAACAAGGAAGUUUCAACUGCUGUUUCUGCUGGUUUAAAAGCAUUCCAGUCUUGGUCAGUCUUUAGCCAACCAUCAAGAGCAGAUGCGCUUGAAAAAUUGGGAACCGCCCUGGCCAAGUCCGAGGUGUCGUAUGCAAAACUUUUGAACGACUUCGGAGUUGAGGGAGACAAGAUUGCUGCUUGUGAAUGCAAGGCAUCUAUACAAGCCCUGACAAAGUGGUGUGCAAAAGCCACAACAAGCCAGGUCCUUGAAGGUCACAUCGAGGGCAAAUGCUCAACUUAUCCUGUGCCCGUUGGAAUAGUUGCUGUGUGUGGGCCAAUUGACAGCCUGAGCGCUUUGAUUUCUCUCAUUACUCCUGCUCUGUUGGCUGGAAAUUGUGUUUUGGUGAGUGCAAGUCCGAGGGACGCUCUGGUUGCCCUGCACCUUGCACAAGUCGGAUCAGCUCUACCAGCUGGAGUUUUGAACGUCGUCGGACCUGGUGCCCAGGCUGAUUUUGCUGCUCAUCCUGAAGUAGGAGCUGUGUGGGUGGGCUUCCGAGAUGUCACCAAGCUGGUAUCCGACCGCCCCAAAAAGGUAUGGAGAGUGGAUUGGGCCUGUCUCGACAACUGCCCCGAUGAGUAUUUCGUGCACAAUUGCACCUCAUGCAAAUCAGUUUUCUCUGCUGAUUAAAUCCUCUCCAAAAUGUCAAUUAUAAAGGUUGAGGGGCAGAAAAUAUUUUUUACUCUUGCUCUUUUGUAGCCCAGUAAUGUAUUGACGUUUUUAUAACAAUUUUAAAACUUUUAAAACCGAGGUGUUUAACACACAAAAAUUGUGCCAUAUUAUGAAGAGUUGUCGCAUUAAAAUGCAGAUCGUUAUUGUUUAUUUUGAAUAAAUUUUAUUUUUCCCACAGUCAAUAAGUAAAAUGUGUGUCAAUUAAGAGAUGCAAUUACAUAAAUCACUAAAAAAAUUCUCCUUUAAUUUUGCCAUCAAGGCAGUAGUAAAUACAAUAUAAAAGAUAAACAUAUUAUAGAGAGUAAAAAAAGUUCUCUCUUUUGUUAGUAAAGGCCAGGCAAAGGCAGCUAUCAAAAUAUUAGGUGGCAGACAGGCCUAAAAUGUUACUUGAAAUGCCCCUCUCUGGAUCACUGAUCGGGAUCUACAAAAAUACCAAAAUCUCAUAAUCAUAAUCUACUAUAAAAAUGAGUAUUAUUUGAGCUCGGUGUCACGGUUUUGAACUCACAAAUCAAUUCUCCAAUGUACGCAGGGUUUGCUUCCCAGUUCUGCUCGAUGUUCCUGAUCAAUCUAGUAAUUCGGUUGGCUAGAUUUGUUCUUUCAACAUUCCCCAUUCGCAGCAUGUUUCCACGCUUCUCCCAAUAGAAAGGGAGAAAGCCGUCCUGCAGGUAUUUUUGGAUGCCUCGAAGCAGCUGU